AUCCUGCGGAAUCCGAGCAGCGGCCGCCAGUCGGCGCCAUGGCUGCCGAAGGGGCCCGGCCGCUGCGAGGCUCCGCCGGCCCGCAGGCGCCCAGGCGGCGUGUGCCCGUCCCGAGGCCCCGGGUCCCGGAGCGCGCCCUCAGGUAAAUUUUUCCAUAACCUUAUGGAGAGAAAGGACUUUGAGACAUGGCUUGAUAACAUUUCUGUUACAUUUCUUUCUCUGACGGACUUGCAGAAAAAUGAAAGUCUGGAUCACCUGAUUAGUCUGAGUGGAGCAAUCCAGCUCAGGCAUCUCUCCAAUAACCUAGAGACUCUGCUCAAGCGAGACUUCCUCAAACUUCUUCCCCUGGAACUCAGUUUUUAUUUGUUAAAAUGGCUCGAUCCUCAGACCUUACUCACAUGUUGCCUCGUCUCUAAGCAGUGGAAUAAGGUUAUAAGUGCCUGUACAGAGGUAUGGCAGACAGCCUGUAGAAACUUGGGCUGGCAGAUAGAUGAUUCCGUUCAGGACGCUUUGCAUUGGAAGAAAGUUUAUUUGAAGGCAAUUUUGAGAAUGAAGCAAUUGAAGGACCAUGAAGCCUUUGAGACCUCAUCAUUAAUUGGACACAGUGCCAGAGUAUAUGCACUUUACUACAAGGAUGGACUUCUCUGUACAGGGUCAGAUGACUUGUCUGCAAAACUCUGGGAUGUGAGCACAGGACAGUGUAUAUAUGGCAUCCAGACCCACACUUGUGCUGCUGUAAAGUUUGAUGAACAGAAAUUGGUAACAGGAUCCUUUGAUAAUACAGUAGCCUGUUGGGAAUGGAGUUCAGGAGCCCGAACUCAGCACUUCCGAGGACACACAGGGGCAGUGUUCAGUGUGGACUACAAUGAUGAGCUUGAUCUCUUGGUGAGUGGUUCUGCGGACUUCACUCUGAAAGUAUGGGCCUUAUCAACGGGAACAUGCCUGAACACACUCACAGGACAUACUGAGUGGGUAACCAAGGUGGUUUUACAGAAGUGCAAGGUCAAGUCUCUCUUGCACAGCCCUGGAGAUCAUAUUCUCCUUAGUGCUGACAAGUAUGAAAUCAAGAUUUGGCCAAUUGGAAGAGAAAUCAACUGCAAAUGUUUAAAAACAUUGUCUGUGUCUGAGGAUCGAAGUAUCUGUUUGCAGCCAAGACUCCAUUUUGAUGGCAAAUACAUUGUAUGUAGUUCAGCUCUAGGACUUUAUCAGUGGGACUUUGCCAGCUAUGAUAUUCUCAGGGUUAUCAAGACUCCAGAGUUAGCAAAUUUGGCAUUACUUGGCUUUGGAGACAUCUUUGCCCUGUUAUUUGACAACCGCUACCUAUACAUCAUGGACUUAAGGACAGAGAACCUGAUUAGCCGCUGGCCUCUUCCUGAGUACAGGAAGUCAAAGAGGGGCUCCAGCUUCUUGGCAGGUGAAAUGUCAUGGCUGAAUGGACUAGAUGGGCAGAAUGAUAUGGGUUUGGUUUUUGCCACCAGUAUGCCUGACCACAGUAUUCACUUGGUGUUAUGGAAGGAACAUGGCUGAAGAUAUGGACAGCAGCUUAAAAAAAAUGACUUUGGGUGCUGAGGCUGCUGGUUCUGAUGCAGCCUCUGUGGGAACUGAUUUUGCAUGUACCAAAGUACACUCCUAAUGGUAUCGUCAUGCAGUGCACAAUCAUUUAUUUUCCUGGGUGGGGAGUGAUGGGGGGGCGGGAUAGGGAGAAAGGUUGGGGGAGAGGGAUUAUUUUAUUGACAUAAUGCAACGCAGCAUGCUAACAGUCCACACCAUUGAAAUUCCUUUGUACUUAGUUAUGCUUGUCAUUAUAAAAGAACAAAUUUUGGGCCUACCUUUCUUGACUGGAGUAUUGGUUUAAAGUAAAGCAAGUUAAAUGGUUUAUAAGUCCACUAAUAAUUGAAUAUGAAAUCACAGUGAGUGAUUAAAUGUUUUUUGCCCUGGUCUUUUUUUUUUUUUUUUACUUGAGGUGGAAGCAAAAGUAUUUUCGAACUCCUAAACUGCUAAAGCUAGAAGGUAGUCCCUCUUGUUCAGAAGAGAAGGUGGAAACUAAGAGGGGAAAAGAUAUACCCCAUGCUGUUCCAAAAUCUCCUCUUACAUGGAGCUAGCGUUUUAUAGGAGCCUUAGUUACAGAGACUAUUGAUUUCUGUGAUUUCUAUGAAGUCUUCAGGGAUUACCCGUUCCUAUGAUGAUUCUUCAUUCUUUAUUAAAAUUAAUUCAUGAGAUGUGAGUAAGCUGUGGAGAUGUUUUAACAUAUCUAACAGGAAGCAUUUAGGAAACAUUGUGAGAAAAGAGAAGAAAGAGAAAACAGCCAUUAUUUUUGAUUGGUGCCAGUUUUAAAUAUGUAACUCCUUACUCAUUCCAUUAUUUUAAUGAAUUAUAUGCACUACAUUAUGGUAGGGGCUGGGAGGGUUAGAAAGUCAAGUAAGACAUGGUUCCUCCUAUCAUAGAACCUAAGGUCUAGUAGUGGGAGAUAAGAAAUGUGCACAGAUAAAGAUAACUUAGAAUGUGGUAAAUAUGUAAGUACAAAGGAUUAUGAAAUCAUAUGAAGGAGAGAUCACUUCCACUUAAGUGACCAGAGAAGGCUUCUUUGAGGGGGUAGUAUUUGAAUUGAUAAAACAUGAAACUUAAAAUUAAUUUAGAACAGGAAAGAAAACAUUAUUGGCACCCAACUAACAUCCUUGGUUUUGAGCUAAUCACAAUUUUAGCUAUAAGGUUUUCUGUAAAGGCCACUGCCCUCAAACAUCUUCAUUUUAGUAGAAGGGCUAAGAUGUACAAAUUAGAAUGCAGAUUAGAAUAUGAAACGUAAAUGAAAAACAUGAAAUAAAUGCCCUUUGAGUUCACAAGAAGUCAGAUUUUGACUGGAUGGGGUAAGGGACAGCUCGUGGUGGAGGGGUGGUAUUUGAUCUAAGUUUUAAAGAUGGAUGGGAUUUUAACUAGUGGGAAGUCAAGAUAUAAUUAGUAAAUGGUGAGAAAGGGGAAGGGACCACAUACUUAUUAGGUACCUCCUAUAUGCCAAAUACUGUGCUAAGUGUUUUUAUAAAUAUUUUUUCAUUUGAUUAUAUUUACAAAUAAUAUUUAUUACAGGUAUUGACAAAUAUUAUCACAUUUGAUUGAAUGGCAAAUAGAUCUGUUUGAGUGGAGUAUAGGGCACUUGAAAAACAGUAACAUGAAAUGAAUUUGAAAAAAUAAUUUGAAGCCAGAUUGUGUAUUAUCUCUAAUGCCAAGUUAUGGAUGAAGCAAUGGACAAUUGCUGAAGAGUUGGGUUGGGUUCGUUUUUGUUUUUUUUAAUUUAUAAGGAAAUAACAAGCAGAUCUCUGCUUUGGGUUACUCUGGCUUCAGUGCAGAGCUGGGGGUACUGAUCAAGAUGCCGUUCUAAUUGUCCAGGUAAAAGUAAUGAAGAUGUUGCUUAGGGUAGCAGCAGUGGGAAUGAAGAGCAGAGGAUAUUCAAGUUCUUACAUGAGAAGAUACACUCUGGGCUUUUCCUACCAGUGUCGUGUUUAUAUUUUAUAUUAGAGACAAUAGCCAUGUUUGAGUAGAAGGGUUGCAUAGUUAGGUCUACAUUUAAGGAAAAUCACUUUGGUAGCUUGUAAGUAAUA